CCCAGAUGUGGGCUGGGCAGCGCGCGGGGAACUUUCGCGCCGGCUGCGAGUGCGGGGCCCCGGCUGCGGUCGGGCUGCCAUGGAUCCGCCGGCGGGAGCCGCUCGCCGCCUGCUCUGCCCCGCUCUACUGCUGCUGCUGCUGCCGCCGCCGCCUCUCCUGCUGCUGCCGCCGCCGCCCGCGAGCGUCCGGCUCGUCGCCGCCACCGAGCCCCCAGGCGGGCCCCCGGGGCAAGGAGCCGAGCGCAUCCUGGCGGUGCCGGUGCGCACUGACGCCCAGGGCCGCUUGGUGUCCCACGUGGUGUCUUUGGAGACGGCCGGGGCGGGGGUACGAGCCCGCAGAGCUGCCCUGGACCAGACCUCGGGCUUGCCCGGAGGCGCUGCUCAGGACCCUGGAGGACGCCUUUUCUACAACCUCACAGUAUUCGGCCGAGACCUGCACCUGCGGCUGCGGCCCAACGCCCGGCUCGUGGCUCCGGGGGCCACCGUGGAGUGGCAGGGUGAGACGGGUGACACCCGAGUGGAGCCCCUGCUUGGGAGCUGUCUCUACGUUGGAGACGUGGCAGACUUACCUAAAGCCUCCUCGGUGGCGCUCAGUAACUGUGAUGGGCUGGCUGGUCUGAUCCGGAUGGAGGAGGAGGAGUUCUUUAUCGAACCUCUGGAGAAGGGGCAGACGGAUCAGGAGGCUGAACAAGGCCGAGUGCAUGUGGUAUAUCGCCGACCGCCCACUCCCAAGCCCCCUCCUGUGAGCGAACCACAGGCUCUGGACACAGGAGUCUCCCAGGGCAACCUGGACAGCCUCAGCAGAGCCCUAGGCGUCCUGGAGGAGCGCAUCAACAGCUCACGGCGGAGGGUGCGCAGGCAUGCCACGGACGAUGACUACAACAUUGAGGUCCUGCUGGGUGUGGAUGACUCGGUGGUCCAGUUCCAUGGGAAGGAGCACGUGCAGAAGUACCUGCUGACACUCAUGAACAUUGUCAACGAAAUCUACCAUGAUGAGUCGUUGGGGGCCCACAUCAAUGUGGUGCUGGUGAGGAUUAUCCUGCUGAGCCACGCAAAGUCCAUGAGCCUCAUUGAGAUUGGAAACCCCUCUCAGAGUCUGGAGAAUGUCUGCCGAUGGGCCUACCUCCAGCAGAAGCCGGACACAGACCACGAUGAGUACCACGACCAUGCCAUCUUUCUCACACGGCAGGAUUUUGGGCCCUCGGGCAUGCAAGGCUAUGCUCCCGUCACCGGGAUGUGCCACCCUGUCCGCAGCUGUACUCUGAACCAUGAAGAUGGCUUCUCCUCGGCAUUUGUGGUGGCUCACGAGACGGGCCAUGUGCUGGGCAUGGAGCAUGACGGGCAAGGCAACCGCUGCGGUGACGAGGUGCGGCUGGGCAGCAUCAUGGCCCCCCUGGUACAGGCUGCCUUCCAUCGCUUCCACUGGUCCCGCUGCAGCCAGCAGGAGCUCAGCCGCUACCUGCAUUCCUAUGACUGCCUGCGGGAUGAUCCCUUCGCCCACGACUGGCCAGCAUUGCCUCAACUCCCAGGGCUUCACUAUUCCAUGAACGAGCAGUGUCGCUUUGACUUUGGCCUGGGUUACAUGAUGUGCACUGCGUUCCGGACCUUCGACCCCUGCAAACAGCUCUGGUGCAGCCACCCAGACAACCCCUACUUUUGCAAGACAAAGAAGGGUCCUCCACUGGAUGGUACUAUGUGUGCGCCUGGCAAGCACUGCUUCAAAGGCCACUGCAUCUGGCUGACACCCGAUAUCCUCAAACGAGACGGCAACUGGGGUGCCUGGACUCCGUUUGGCUCCUGCUCACGCACCUGUGGCACAGGCGUGAAGUUCAGGACCCGCCAGUGUGACAACCCACAUCCAGCCAAUGGGGGCCGCACCUGCUCGGGCCUGGCCUAUGACUUCCAGCUCUGCAACCCCCAGGACUGUCCCAAUUCCCUGGCUGACUUCCGGGAGGAGCAGUGUCAGCAGUGGGACCUGUACUUUGAGCACGGUGAUGUCCAGCACCACUGGCUGCCUCAUGAGCACCGGGAUGCCAAGGAGAGAUGCCACCUCUACUGUGAGUCCAAGGAGACAGGGGAGGUGGUGUCUAUGAAGCGCAUGGUGCACGAUGGAACACGCUGCUCCUACAAGGACGCCUUCAGCCUGUGUGUGCGUGGGGACUGCAGGAAAGUGGGAUGUGAUGGGGUGAUCGGGUCCCGUAAGCAGGAAGACAAGUGUGGCGUGUGUGGAGGCGACAACACCCACUGUAAAGUGGUGAAGGGCACAUUCACGAGGUCACCGAGGAAACAAGAUUACAUCAAGAUGUUUGAGAUCCCCGCAGGAGCCAGACACCUGCUCAUCCAGGAGGCCGACACCACCAGCCACCAUCUGUCUGUCAAGAACCUGGAGACAGGCAAGUUCAUCUUAAAUGAAGAGAACCACUUGGACCCCAAUUCUAGAUCCUUCAUUGCCAUGGGUGUGGAGUGGGAAUACAGGAACGAGGACGAGAGGGAGACGCUGCAGACCAUAGGCCCACUCCACGGAACCAUCACCGUGCUGGUUAUUCCUGAAGGAGACACCAGGAUCUCACUGACAUACAAAUACAUGAUUCACGAGGACUCCCUCAAUGUUGACGACAACAAUGUCCUGGAAGAUGAUGCUGUGCGCCACGAGUGGGCCCUGAAGAAGUGGUCUCCCUGCUCCAAGCCCUGCGGUGGAGGGUCCCAGUUCACUAAGUAUGGCUGCCGCCGGAGGUUGGACAGCAAGAUGGUACACCGAGCCUUCUGCAGUGCCCUCGCCAAGCCCAAGGCCAUCCGACGAGCCUGCAACCCUCAGGAGUGCUCCCAGCCUGUGUGGGUCACCGGUGAAUGGGAGCCUUGUACUCAAAGCUGUGGGCGAACUGGCAUGCAGGUGCGCUCCGUCCGCUGUAUACAACCUCUGCACAACAACACCACCCGCUCCGUGCACACCAAACACUGCAACGAUCACCGUCCCGAGAGCCGCCGGGCCUGCAACCGUGAGCUCUGCCCUGGGCGGUGGCGGGCUGGGUCCUGGUCCCAGUGUUCGGUAACCUGUGGCAACGGCACCCAGGAACGGCCAGUGCUCUGUCGCACUGCAGAUGAUAAUUUUGGUGUCUGCCGGGAGGAGCGACCGGAGACGGCAAGGAUCUGCAGGCUUGCACCCUGUCCCCGAAACGGCUCAGAUCCCUCCAAGAAGAGCUACGUGGUUCAGUGGCUGUCCCGGCCUGAUCCUGACUCACCUAUCCAGAAGAUCUCGUCAAAGGACCAGUGCCAAGGCGACAAGUCAAUGUUCUGUAGGAUGGAAGUCUUGUCUCGCUACUGCUCCAUCCCCAGCUACAACAAGCUUUGCUGCAAGUCCUGCAACCCGCCCCGAAACCUCAGCAACACAGAGGACGGAGGUGUGGAGCCUCCUCCCGGGAAGCACAAUGACAUCGAUGUGUUCAUGCCCACACUCCCGGGGCCCACUGUAGCUACACAGGUGCAGCCUUCUCCGGGGCCUCCUUUGGAGGCUCCCCUCAAUGUCUCUAGCACCAAUGCCACUGAAGAUCACCCAGAAACCAAUGCUGUGGAUGUCCCCUACAAAAUCCAUGGUGUGGAUGAAGAGGUCCCGUCUCCUAACCUGAUCCCUCGACGGCCAAGCCUGUAUGUAAAGACAAGGAACCAAAGAAUCCAGGAGCUCAUUAAUGCAGUGCAGAGGAAAGAGAAGCCGGGAAAGUUCUAAUAAAAAUAGAAAGAUUCGCAUCAACAGCCUUUCCCCUUGCUUAUAGAUAUAUUCCCCAAGUUAGCAAAUCCUGUGUUUGUGGAAAAUGAAGCCAAAAACCCUGCUUCCAAGAAGGUUUGGAAUGCAUGGAAAAUGGUACAAAAGAAUAUAUUGGGGUGGGUGGGGGCAUGUGACAAUCAGCCUAACAUGUAUUUUCCAGGUUAGGAAUGACCUCAAUCGAGGCAGGCAGAUUUCUUAGUUCGAGGUCGGCCUGGUCUACAAAGUGAGUUCCAGGACAGCCAGGGCUACACAGAGAAACCCUGUCUCGAGAAACCAAAAAGAAAAGAAAAAGAAAAAAAAAAAGGAAUGACCUAAAUCUUGCGGUGAUCUUAAGUGGAGAGUGGACAGGAAUAUUCAAGUUCCCUAGUUUCUUAUCAAUGAUGGGAGGUCAAGGGGGAUGACUCCCAGAGAGAAAAAUUUUGCUCCAACUUACUAAGCAAUGGUUGAGAACCUUCAUUUCCUUGAUGAUGACCAGUCCCCAGACAAAGAGAUGAGACCGCUGGGGACUCUUAGGUGACAGGUGACAUAGUGUUUUAUUUAUAGAUCAAUUGCCAGGUUGAGUACAACUAAGUGGAGGUCAUGAGUCAAACCAACCCCAAGGGCCAGGCAGAGGAUAGGAUAAGUGUGGUAACCAGUAGUAUAGGGCUCUGAUCAAUCAGAGAAGAAAGCCCACCUAGAGCUGUUGGUGGGCUUUAGCCAUGGCUGCCAGUGUGACAUAUAGCUUCCCUACAAGCCGAGCCUUGUCAUAGGUUGCACUUCCAGAUACCUCUGUUUCCUGUCCUCAGAAUCCUUUAAGUUGUGGGGCUGAGGUCACCCAGGAAUUUCAGGUCUAGCUCCACCUGGCUCCAACCACAGGUUUCCGUUUUAACUACUAACUACCUGGUGCAGUUUCAAAACCUGGUGCUCAAAAUGUGUGCGGUGUUUUGAUCUCUGCUGAGCAGGGGCUGUGCAUCUAUCUAGUUCUUUCCAGGAAAUUGAUGAGAUUCUGUAAUGGGGGGAUUCGAGGGCAGUUCUGAACAAGAGCCAUUGGGUCAAAGGCGGCAAGGACCACUUCUCUCUUCUCCACUUCACCAUGGCCUUACUUGCUGCCCCUACCCAUGGCUGUGGUAGAAGAGUCGCACUAUUCUUCUCUGAUAGCCUGGGCUAAAAGACCCAGUGAGGAAGAAUGAUGGAGUCAUCCACUCUGCUGGGAUGACCCAACAUGUGGUCCAAGAACCAGGACUCUCUCUUUCCUAGAGUCCCAGUUCUGCCACCAUGGUGGUAGAUUGCCAGGCUGUGGGGCCUCAGGUUCCGAGAAUGGGUUUUGCCUAUGGUCUGACCUUGCCCCUGCCCACCUCCAACCUUUAGAUGUUCUAGAACGUGGCAAUCUGGUCUGCAAUCUGACGUACAGGGUGGGAGGUGGGAGCCCCACUUUACCUUUUUCUUUAGAAGCUCAGAUGACUUUUGUUUGGGGUAGAAUGGUGUUUGGUGAGUAUAUUAGUCAGGGUCCUCUAGAGUCACAGGACUUAUGGAUAGUCUCUAUAUAGUAAAGGAAUUUAUUGAUGACUUACAGUCUGUAGUCCAAUUCCCAACAAUGGUUCAGUAGUGAAUGGAAGUCCAAGGAUCUAGCAGUUGCUCAGUUCCACAUGGCAAGUAGGCCAAAGAGCGAGAGAGGCAACUCCCUUAUUCCAAUGUCCUUAUAUGGCCUCCAGCAGAAGGUGUAGCCCAGAUUAAAGGUGUGUGCCACCACACCUUUAAUCCCAAUGACCUUGAACUCAGAGAUCCCGCUGUCUUAAUCUUCUGGAGUGCAUAGCCACUAUGCCUCAAGAUCUCCAUACCAAGAUCCAGGUCAGAAACUUCUAUCUUCUAGCCUCCAGAUAAGGGUCACUGGUGAGCCUUCCAAUUCUGGAUUGUAGUUCAUUCCAGAUAUAGUCAAGUUGACAACCAGGAAUAGACACUACAGUGAGCCAGAUAUGAAUGGGAGGAAAAUGGGAGGGAGGAAGGGAAGGGUGACAGGAGGGUGGUGGGCAAAGGCGUAUUUGCUGGCAUUUUGUGAGCAUGCUACUCCAGUGCCCCACACCUUAGUAAGACCUAAGGGCAUGUUAGUGCUCUAGCUGGGCCCAGCCUGGCCAGAAUUCUAAGGCUUCUCCUCUGUGUCCUCAUCAACUGUAGAUCUAAGAUUCAUCUUCCUUAUUGACAUUCCCCAGCCCUUCGCAGAAUUUAGGGUGCUGAGACUUGGGUUGACACCAUUGUGGCUGCUCCUCCAUUAAAUUUUGAGGUGCUCUGUAUGCUUGUGUGAACUUGUGUGUGUGUGUGUGUGUGUGUGCGCGCGCGCGCGCUGGGGAGAGGUGUCUGUGUGAAUGAUCUAUGGAAAGAAGUCAGAGCAUAGACACCAGAUAAAGAUGGUGCUUAACCUUCCUCCCAGAAGGUAGCCAGACCCUCUUACCAUCCAUUCCUCUGCCCCCACCCGACCCUGCACUGCUCCAGCUCCCAAAGAACCAAACUGGGAAAUGUCCCUUUACUACCCCUCCUGGUAUGUGGUUGAGAGCAAUUCUGUUCUCCUUCCCCCUUGUAAGCUGGGAGUGAAUCCCAUGGCUGGCCCGCAUUUGUUGAAUCCAGGUCAGCAGGGUUUACUCCUGGGCUAAAGAACUGAGUACUUCUUGUUUGAGUCUGUGGUAGAAUGUAGAGGAAAUGUUCUGGACUAGUACUAGUUGGGAUGACUGAGUUUACCCAUUCUAAGGGCUGUGGGAUAGUAACACUCCAUUGUCAGAUCCUAGCAAAUCACAGAAGCCCCACAUGGGACAGCCCCAGCAAGACAGCCUUGAGGGAGACAACAUCCUUGGUGCGUUGGGCCAUGUACCGCGAGGCCUCUCCAGAGUUAGUGGUGCUCAUACACGUGUGGCUAAGGAACACAGUGUCCACUGGGCUCAGAGAAGCUGCGCAUGCCCGAGCAUGGGAGGAUGGUUUGGAGAAUGCUUGGAAACAACCCUCAGCUUCCCAUGAAGCUCUUAUUUCUGGGGUGUUCCUCAGAGGCAGGUAGGUGUCCUCUGAAGGCAGGUAGGUGUCCUUUGAAGGCAGGUAGGUGUCCUCUGAAGGCAGGUAGGUGUCCUCUGAAGGUUUCCGGCACGACGUAGUCACCCAGACUGUCCUGCAUCACCCAGAAAAAUAUGAGGCACCUGGGAGUCGUUCUUCAUUCCCAGGGAGGUCAGGCCACAUUUAAAGAGGCCCUUUCGGAAACCCCGUGGAAUCUUGUAUAUAAGCCUCUCAUUUGUAUUUUACAAGUUUUCUUUCUUGGUCUGUUUUAAGUAUAUAAAUGGUGCUUAGUACCAAUGUUGGUCUGAGGUAACAUUCUGACUCUAUUUACUCCUGUGUGACACGUGGCUGCCAAGUGGGGGCCAAACACGGUGCUCAACUUAAAUCACAGAAUUUUAUCUGACAACAGCCAUCGAUGCAUUUUCGUUCUGUAUAGCAAAAACUGACUCCUUAUUUUCGUAACUUAUUAAAGUGUCUGUGGUUUUGCAAAUCA